CCCAGUUCCAACAAUCACAUGGAUGAAGGUUAAUGGUUAUAUUCCUAGUAAGUCACGUCUGCGUAAAUCUCAGGCAGUACUGGAAAUACCCAACGUGCAGCUGGACGAUGCAGGCAUAUAUGAGUGCAGAGCUGAAAACUCACGUGGAAAAAAUACCUUUCGUGGACAGUUGCAAGUAUACACAUAUCCACACUGGGUAGAAAAACUGAAUGAUACUCAGUUAGACAGUGGGAGCCAUCUGCGAUGGGAAUGUAAGGCUACUGGAAAACCCAGACCCACCUACCGCUGGCUGAAGAAUGGAGCACCCCUCUUGCUGCAG